GGACAAAGCAAAUUGUAUCAUUAUCCUCUUCCUCAUCUCAAUUCUAGUAUUCUUCAUCUUCACACUCUCCAGCAAUCUUUCUCAGCUUACCAAUCUUUUCAACACACGGUAAAUCAUUCAAGAUGUACUUGUAUACCAUUUUCACUACUGUCCUCUCUGCUGCCAUUGUGUCUGCUCAUGGCAACCAUGAUCUUGAUCGUGAGAUUGCCGUGAGAGAGGCCAUGUUUCAGUACACCAGUAGAGAUGUUAGCCAUUGUGCGGCAAAGUUAAAAGCUCGUGGGCUUGAAACACGAGCUAUUCAGAGACGCAGUAACGUUGCCGCUAAGCUGAUGAAGGAUCGUGGUAUUAAGGCACGGGAUAUGGCCGCGGUACUUGCCACUGAUCACAAUUCAACUUCUCUUGGAUAUACAUUGGAUACCGCUGAGACAACUAUCUUCGCCUCUAAUGGCUCAUGUAUUUUGACCCCGGAGGGGGAGAGUGGUCCCUACUAUGUGGCUGGGGAAUAUGUUCGAAGCAAUUUGACUGAUGACAUGGUUGGUGUUCCUGUCCACUACGACUUCCAGAUCCUGGAUGUGGAGACGUGUGAGCCGAUUGUCGGAAAGUACUUUGAGAUCUUUAACUGUAACUCUACCGGUGUGUACUCAGGUACCACUAUGUCUGGUAACGGAAACACUAAUGACGUCUCCGUCCUCAACGAAAUUUUCCUGCGAGGUCUUCAGCCAACCGAUGACGACGGGGUGGCUUCUUUCGACACCCUAUUCGCUGGCCACUACACCGGCCGCGCAACUCACAUCCACACCAUCCUGCACAUGAAUGCCACUGUCCGUGACAACGGAACUGUCUACGACCUAACAGCUGGACAUAUCGGACAGACUUUCUGGGAUCAGUCUAUUCGUGAUCAGAUCGAACUAUUGACACCGUAUAACACUAACACCCAGGAUGUGACCUCCAAUGCAGAUGAUCGUGUGUUUGCUGUCGAGGCUGCGAGUAGCGAUCCAGUCUUCAACUAUGUUAUGCUUGGCGAAACUCUUCAAGAUGGACUUUUGGCUUGGUUGACGCUCGGUAUCAAUACGACUUUAUCGAGCACUAUCAGUCCGGCUGCUACUUACUAUGCGACUGGUGGAGUUGAAUCUUCUGGUGGAUUUGGGUCAUCUGGUGGGGAUGGAGCUGCACCAUCUGCAUGAGUUGCGCCGUCUGGAUCAGCCGUGUCGUCUGAUGUAGCUGCACUAUUUAGUGUCGCUGAUGCUUGUUAGAGCGAUGGCGCAAUUUUAAAUAAUUGAAAAGGUCUUGUAGAUAAUGCUCUGGAAAUCAUAACUAUCAUUCUAACAAAUAUUUCGGUAUACACUAUUGGUAGUGGGAUCAAUUGACCGGGGGUGCUGGUACAAGUACAAAAUUAAUCUCAUAUUAUUAUUAUAGUGGAAUCA